CGUCAAACUCAUAUGAUUUUGUUAUCGUGUUACCUACUGCUGCAGGGCACGAGUAAUGUUAUUUAAUUAAUUAUGUUUAUUUAGUCUAAUUAAGAGGCGAUAGUAUUAUUAUAUACUGUGAUACGACCAACGAUAGCUCUAAUAACAAAACAUAACAUUUUCAGGAAUGACUGACUAUGAGACUAUAGUGGUUGGAAUGGGCGCUGCGGGCACCACAGCCGCGGCCACCCUAGCACAGGCCGGGGUAAGGGUGCUGGCGCUGGAGGCGAUGGACAGGGUGGGGGGGAGAGUGCACACGGUGCCAUUUGGGGAUGGAGUUGUUGAGAUGGGGGCUGAGUGGAUCCAUGGAACAUCACCCAGCAGGACUUACGACCUAGCCAUCAAGAACUGUGUCAAACUGGUUGAGCAAGACAUCUCUAUUGAAGUCUUCAAUUCGGACGGAACUAAAGCCAACAGUAGCCUGAUCAACGAGCUGAUGAAUCAGGCCAUGGGAGCGGUAAAUGAGCAGCUGGAUGUCAAUGAACCUCUUGGAAAGUUCCUUACGAGAAAAGUGAUGGAACACUUAAAAGAACACUACCCCCACGUUCUUGAAGACAGGGACUUCGUCACAGAGUUCCUUAACCUUUUAGACCUGGUGAUAGGGAAUUACGAGGCGAGCAAUAGCUGGAAUGACGUCACCACGAAGAGCCAGUAUCAGGAGCUGGACGGACACCAGCAUGUGAGCUGGGGGACGAACGGUUACAAUACCCUAUUCGACAUACUUCUGAAUCGAUACAACAAUGGUUCAGGACUGCCAUCAUUAACGUUGAAACUGAACAGCGAAGUGACCAAUAUCUUGUACUCCGAUGACCCGAAGCGGAGAGUGUCCGUGACGACCGCAGAAGGCUCUGUCUACACCGCAGAAAACGUCAUCGUUACUGUCUCUCUGGGGGUUUUGAAGGCCAGGCACAAACAGCUGUUUGAUCCAAAACUGCCUGAACCGAAACAAACUGCCAUAGACAAGCUGUCAAUAGGCGUCAUGGACAAAAUUGUGUUUUUUUUCGAACGUCCAUGGUGGCCAAUAAUAGAGCCAGCGUUCUUCGGGUUUCUCUGGAAGGGGGAAGAUAAAAGGGAAUUACCGGAUGAAGAUUAUUGGUUGUUCAGGGUGUUCGCAGCAAGUACUCCUAAAGGAUGCCGAAAUGCACUGACGCUCUGGACUAGUGGCGAUGUUGGAAAAAUGGUAGAGACAAUGCCCGUAGAUGUAUUGAGAAACAAAUUGAUGGGUUUAAUCAAGAGGUUUUUGGGUAAAGGCGUCGAGGUACCCGAUCCCAUCGCAAUGACGAGGUCAAGGUGGUUCAACAACCCUUACACGCGCGGAAGCUACACAUACGACAAUCUAUUCACGCCGCAGUACCCCACGGCGCGGGCCGACCUCGGGGCGCCUAUCACUGACUCAGCUGGCAACCCCAGAGUUCUGUUCGCGGGAGAGGCCACAGACGCGCACCACUUCUCAACGGUCCACGGCGCGACCGACACCGGACACAGGGAGGCGACACGGUUACUAGAAUGGAGACUUAAAAGUCACCUGUGAGUUCCUUGUGUUCCUUUGGCGUAUCUAGAGCUGGGGAAAAGGGAGGGCGAGUGUAGUAGUCAAGUUGUGUACUCUAUGAAGUUCAUAUGUUGUUAAAAGUGAUGUAAUGUUCCUAUGGCGUAUCUAGAGCUGAGGGAAGGGAGGGAAUUAUAACUUUUGGGCAAUUUUAUUAUACAAAUAUAUACAAUGACAUUACUACUUCAAUGCAAUGUAUAAUAGUCAAGAGGAGUGACGGAGACCUUUACUAUUUACUAUAAAUGUAGGUAGCUAGAUCUCCUUGACCAAUUUAUAUCGCCUAACGUAAAACACGAUUAUAAAACAUUAUAUCGAGGUUAUAUGCUAAGAUGUUUCACAGAGCGUUUCGAUCGCUGCGCUCAUUACGAUCCGUCAAUUUUCUUUAGGAAGGAAUAAUUUCCAAAAUGGAUAUUCAUUAAAUUGACAUUAUCACUGUACUGAUUAAUUAUUUUAAAGUCAGAUAGUUAAAACUAAUUCUUGUCUUUGUGAAAAAUUUGAAAAAUUGUAAUGACAGCUCGACCGCAGCUGUCGGCAACGCUCUGAGAAACACCCUCUACUCAAAUUUACAUUCGAGAAUUAUGUAAUUGACGUUAGUUUAGUAAGGGUGGGCUUCUACCCCCUCUAGUUACGCCUUCAACUCGACUUAUACUUCCAGUUCCUAAAAUAUCUACGAGCCAUAUAAAUGUAUAUAUUUAUUAUACAUAUAUAUUUAUUUAUAUUGAAUUGAUCAGUGUCAAGAUCCGUGGCGAAUCCAUCUCUAUAUUCAUUUACCCAUAUUAUAGAAAAGAUAUAGGGGGGCUACCAUGAACCAUAAUACACGUAGCACGCCUUUGCCUCGAUACGUUCUCUCCUUAUUUUACACGAUGCGUACACGAUAUGGGUAAAAGAGACGGCAUGUGGAUGUUAGUGAUGCGCUACGAUGUUUCGUGGUAGGCCUUUAGGUAUCUUGUAUGAUAUGAAUAAUGGAUAUUAUAUACAGGGUCACUGGUAUCAAACGCAAAUCCUCCUAAAGACUACUUGGGUACGUCAAAACAAGCAACUUUUAUUCUACGACUUUUCGUGAUUCGUAGUUUUUAUUUCAUAUUAAAAAAAAAAACAAUAUAAUUUGCGAUUCUACACAUGUUAACUGUAUGUAAUAGCCAAGCGACACGAGACAGUGCAGUAGCGUUAUGUAGCGGAAUCGAACAUAGAAUUAACGUUUUAUAGAAGCGACAUUAAAACUAAAGAUAUUUUUGUAUUUAUCACGUUUAGACAAAAGUCGUAGAACAAAAGAUGUUAGUCUCUAUGUACCUUAUGCGCCUUUGGAAGGUUAUGCGUUAGAUACCAGUAAUCCUGUAUAACGGGCUCAAUUUAAUUAUGCUUCCGACCAGGGAGCCAUAAUAUGAAUGAAGAUCGCCCAAUCUAAACUUUGAAGACACAAUAUGGAAUAUUAUAUACUGGAGGCUUACUAUCAUCUCUUAACGCGAUCCACUUUACGACCUAAACUGAACUGCAUCGCAAAUUCGUACCAUCGACUUAAUUUUUUGUAUGAAUGCGAUUCAUUUUAGGUUCAUAAAUUGAACUGAGUUGCAUUGGAAUCGUUCUGUAAAAGUUGAUGGUAGGCCUGUUGUUUUUGUUAGCUUUUUUCAAGGGUCAAUUUCACGACUGUUUGAACGCGGCGUGUGGCGUUUCAUUAGUGUCGCACAUUGUUUUUGAAUAAAGUAUCAUUUUAUUUUAAAUUAAACAUGUAUAAAAUUAACAUUGUACCAGUACUUUACAUAUUUAUAAAAUAGGAUAAUUAAUUUGAUCACUGUGUAUGGUACGAUUUAAUAAACACUAAUGACAGCCCGCGGCGGCGUUCAAAACGCUCGUGAAAUUCACCCUCAAGCUAAAAAUAUAUUUUAUAAUAUAAAUAUAUGUAUAUGUAAAUAUUUUGUAAAAAAAAAAACAUUGUAACUAUAAGACGAAUAUUUUUGUAAAGUAUCACUAUUUUCUGUAUUGUGACUGAGUACAUAUAUACCGUAGUGAUAGAAAUAGAUUUUUUAAAUAAUAGUAUAGCAUUUAUAGCAAACUGUUACUGCCAUACUCAAGUGCAUAUAAAAAGUGAGAUUAUUUUGAUGAGUGAUGAUACUCUAACACAAUUUUAAGUAGUAAUAGAGCAACAGAAUUGUCAAAUAACAUUUUAAUUAAUUUAUUUUCCAAGCUUUUAUUGAAGCCGUAUUUCAAUAUAGGUACACUGGUCAUCGUGUAACAUUACAGGAAAAUAUAAUUGUUUUUAACUUUUUUUU